AUGCGACCCCUGCACGCGCUGCUGGUGAGUCUGGCGGCUGUGUCGGCCGUCACGAGCGCCGAGCGCAGCAUUCGCGACCCGGAGGCGGCUGAGAUGCCGUGCCACCACGACCAGGACGGAGAGAGCGAGGACAUUACCAUGGGCCUCAUGGGCGUUCUGAACGAACAAAUUCAGCGCUCGGGAGAGCUACUGCAGCGCUUCUUUAGCCUUGACGAGACUCAAGACGACGCCGUGCGCGUCAUCGUGAUUGAGGAGGAGGAAGACCCGGCGCUAGAGCGAAAACGUGCGUGUCUAAAGGCACUGGAGAGAAUUCACGAGCAAGACGAACUGCAGGCCGAGACAGAGACGCUCUUAAAGCUCUUCCGCUCGGCUGUCGACAUGGUAUCGCUCCAGGUUUGGGGUGAAGCGUCAUGCGACGAUCUCGAGCGUGCGGACUUGGUGGAGCAGUGCAACGUCGUCUUGAAGUCGGAAGAUGUGGCGAGGAAGUUCCUGCAGGAGGGUAAGACGGACGAAGAAGUGUGCGACAUCAUUUCGGCCGUCUUGGACCUGGAAGGAACCGACAACUUGUCCUGCAAAUUAUGCCAAAGAUUUGUGCAAAUGAUCGACCAGGCUCUGGCCCAGCAAGUGCAGCAGGUGCAGCAAGUCCGAGCCAUUAUCGGAGACCUGUGCGACGCCAUGUCACCCGACUCCAUGUGCCACACGUUCCUCAAGAACUACGACGCCAUCGUGGACUGGCUCAUCCACGGCACUGACCCUCUAGUGGUGUGCGCUCGGAUCGCCAUGUGUUUGUCGGACAGCAACAGCGACAGCCAAGUCUUAGACCUGCCAUGGUCUCCUGAAGAUCCUCAGACGGCUGAGUAUGGCGCUCUGGUUACCGCUGACGUCACUGACAACGACCAGUCGUGUUUCUUCUGCAGCCACGUGGCCGGCGUCAUUUACCAAGUCAAUGAACUGAUCCCUCAACAGCUUCCAAUGUUUAAGUCUGUGUUAGGAGCGGUAUGCGAGAUGGCUUCACUGGAAUCCAAGUGCAAGGAGGUGGAAACCAACUUUGACAGCAUCAUGGAGCUGGUCCAGCAAGGCCAACACCCUCAAGAGAUCUGUGGGGACACUGGUUUCUGCGCUGUGAAGCCUGUGCGUGAUACUUCACCGUUAAAUGGGGACAAGACGUGUGUGUAUUGCGACGUAGCCACCACUAUCGUCGAGGUCAUGUUGCAAGAAUCUCCUGAGCAGAUUGACCAGAUCCGCGACUACGCUGACAUGAUUUGCGGCAUGUUGGGAGACGACAGUCCAUGCCACUUGUAUGUGGACCAAUUGGACACUGUGGUCGAUUCUCUGAAGAAGGGUGUGCACCCUCGUGACAUCUGCAAGGCGCUGAAGUACUGCAUCACGGAACCCGUAAACAGUCUCGGUGAACUCGAGAACCCUCGUGUUGGUAUGAUGCGAAACGGCCCUCGUGGUAUGCACCACCACGUGGGGAUGGUGGGGCCUGGAGGUCGUCAUGGGCGUCAUAACCACGCAACGAUGGCGGAAGAUGACGAGCACUCGCCGCGUCCUCUUCACUGUCGUCAUGGCAGUUGCUUCUUCUGUUCGCGUGUGGCUGUGGUGAUCCAUCACGUCAACCACACGUCGCCAGAGAAGUUGCCGAUUGUGAAGAACAUCCUGUCGAAUGUAUGCCAAUUGGUGCCUGCAAAGCUCAAAUGCGACGUUGUGGACAAGAAUUUCGACAAAAUUGUGGAAAUGGAGAAGGAAGGCAAGCGUCCUCACGAGAUCUGCAAGUCUCUCGGUGUCUGCAAGAAGGCGCAAGACGCGGAGGAAGACGAACCUUCCAUCGCUGACGAGAUGAAGGGCGUGGUGGUGGCGUCUCAGUGGCCUCCUGGAAAUGCGACUCAGUGCACGUACUGCCAAUUCGCUACCACAGUUGCCAAGAUUGCGCUCCAACAGUACGGCACUGACAUCCGUCAAGUCCGUGCAUACGCUGACAUGAUCUGUGAUAUGCUGGGCGCCGAAAACCCGUGCCAUGUGUACGUGAAGCAGUUCGACUUUGUCAUUGAUGCGAUCACCAAGGGUAUGAGUGCCAAGGCGAUUUGUCUAGAGCUGAAGUUCUGCACGGCCGCGGCGCUACCGUCUCCCAGCAACGAGCUGUCGUUCUACGACCCGGUGCUGGUGCAAUUGGUGCAGGAUUCCAUGACGCUGUCAGUUAAUGGAUGCUUCUUCUGCACGCAAGUGGCGUCUGUCAUCGAGGUGGCUGUGGCUCAAGAUCCAAGUAAGAUCGAGGAGAUUCGACAGAUUGCCGACGUCGUUUGUGGAAUGCUCCCGAGCGACAACCAGUGUCACGCAUUCGUGAAGCAACUCGACACGGUGGUUGACUCUCUCCAAAAGGGCGAGCAGCCGAAGGCUAUUUGUCAUGACCUGCAGUAUUGUAAGGUGGACACCAACCCUGCUAUGGCUAAGCUUACUGUCCCCGAAGUGAUCGCUGUUCAGAAUAACGAGGGAGGCAACACGUGCGCGUACUGCAGCGGUGUGGUUACUGUGCUUAAGUUUGCGCUCGCUCAGAAGCCGGAGCAAGUCAAGGAGAUGCGUGAAGCUGCAGGCAUCGUGUGUCAUCUGCUUCCUGCUGACGACACGUGCCACGACGAUCUCAAGAUGUUUGAUGAAGCUGUGACUGAUCUACACGCCGGAAAAGAGCCUCAAGAAAUCUGCCAGACGCUAAAGUUCUGCUCUGCCAUGGAGAAUUCCAACGAGUUGGUGUCGGGUCUGCUUGACUUCACUGGAUCGGACUUCAAGCCUUCAAGAUGCACGACUUGCCAACAAAACACACUUUUACUGGCCUCUUUGAUCACGCGGCCGGACGGCUUAGCGACGUUCGAGCGUGGGAUCAACUCGAUUUGCCGAUUGAUCCCCGAGUCCAGCGAGUGCGAGCUGCUUAUGAAACACCAAGACGCGAUCAUUGAUUCGCUCAAGAAGAACGAAGAUGUGGAUACCAUCUGCACGCGUAUUGCUGAGUGUGAAUCUGCGGCUGUGGCCGAAGUGCCGGAGCAGAAGUCCAUGUCUGUGGGCUGUCUGUUCUGUGAGUACACUGCCGACCUCUUGGAGUACGCCAAGAACAAUGACAAGGCCCUAAGGGAGGCCAAGAUGACACUGGAGACCAUGUGCACGGUGCUGCCUCCGCGUGCUCGUUGCGAUGCGCUUUCUUCCAAGUUCGACGAGUUGGUGUCGCUCAUGCGCGAAGGAAAAAGUCCAAGCCAAGCGUGCCACUCCAUCGCUCUGUGCGACGCAGACUUUGUCUUCUCCGGCAGUCGUGGGGAAGAUCCUAUUGUGCAAGCCUUCGAGGAAGGUCGCAAGAGCAUGGGCAACUUGAUGGAGAUCCAGUAACUGGAGAGAGUUGUUUCUUUCAUACACGCGAAGGGGGCGCGCUUUGUUGUGUAAGUUGACGAUCAUCGCUCUUGCCCAUUUUUUUCUUAUCCCAAGUUAACAAACUGCAAAAAAAUCUGAUUAAAAAACGCAUUAUUCUUUAAUGAAAAAUCUGCAACUGA